UGCUCUCUGAGUCAAGGUGAGUCAGCUUAUGGACUGGACAGGGAAGAGAGCUGUGAUCCGUAUGAACGGGGAGUUUCGUCGCUUUGUGAAGGCUCCUCCAAGGAACUACUCUGUGGUCAUCAUGUUCACCGCUCUGCAGCCACAGAGACAGUGUGGCGUCUGCAAACAGGCUGACGAGGAGUACCAGAUCCUAGCUAAUUCCUGGCGUUACUCCAGUGCCUUCACCAACAAGGUCUUCUUCGCUACCGUCGACUUUGAUGAAGGAUCUGACGUCUUUCAGAUGUUGAAUAUGAACUCGGCUCCCUCCUUCAUCCAUUUUCCUGCUAAAGGGAAGCCUAAGAAGUCUGACUCCUAUGAGCUGCAGGUCAGAGGCUUCGCUGCAGAACAGCUGGCCCGCUGGGUCGGGGACCGCACUGACGUACAGAUCCGUGUGAUCCGUCCUCCUAACUAUGCGGGGCCGUUGAUGCUGGGAUUCCUGCUGGCAGUGAUAGGAGGACUGGCUUACCUCCGCAGAAACAACCUGGAAUUCCUCUACAACAAGAACGUCUGGGCCUUCUCUGCUCUGUGUUUCUGCCUGAUCAUGACUUCAGGUCAGAUGUGGAACCACAUUAGAGGACCUCCCUACGCCCACAAGAACCCCACCACUGGACAAGUGAGUUACAUCCACGGCAGCAGUCAGGCCCAGUUUGUAGCAGAAACUCACAUCGUGCUGCUCUUCAACUCUGCUGUUACCAUGGGGAUGGUGUUGUUGCACGAGGCGGCCACGUCAGAUAUGGACAUUGGCAAGAGGAAAAUCAUGUGUGUAGCAGGGAUCGGUCUGGUGAUGCUCUUCUUCAGUUGGCUGCUGUCCAUCUUUAGAGCUAAAUACCAUGGAUACCCUUACAGUUUCCUGUUGAGUUAGAGAGCUGGGAGGAAGAAGCCUGGAAGCUCCAUAGUGCCUCGGAUGCCUCACACACCAGAACACUGUUCAUCUGGGGUUAUCUCCUCUUCUGUUGCUGGAAACUACCAGGAAGACAUUGUUUACAUUGACAUUCACAAAGUUCACAAUGUCUUUUUAUUAAUAAAUACUGUACAUGAAUAUAAACAUAA